GGGUCCCGCAUCGGCCGUUAAUCCUCCCUUUUUGUCAUCUUCCCAUUUUCUCUACCACCACUCGAAAUCGUUGUUCUCGUUCUUCGUCCAUUUUUUUGAUCUGAGUUUCUCUGUUCGUUCAUGGUAGAUUCCGGCUGAUUAUGCGUGUAAUACGAAUCCGAGACUCUUGGCGUGCGUGGAUCUGUUUGAGAGAGAAGCUAAUUUUUCGAAUUCGUGAUCUAGAAUAAUUUUGUACGGUUUUCGUUUAGGAAAACAAAAAAAAGAGGCGAAACGAAGGAUGUCUAAUUUGUACGGGGAUUACAACCAGAAGAUCGAUUACGUCUUUAAAGUCGUGUUGAUCGGAGAUUCGGCGGUUGGGAAAACUCAGCUGCUUGCUCGGUUCGCUAGGAACGAGUUUAGCGUCGAUUCUAAAGCAACCAUUGGUGUUGAGUUCCAGACUAAAACGCUCGUCAUCGAUAAUAAAACCGUCAAAGCUCAGAUUUGGGAUACGGCUGGCCAAGAAAGAUACCGGGCGGUGACAAGCGCAUACUACCGUGGAGCCGUUGGGGCGAUGUUGGUCUACGACAUGACAAAACGUCAAUCCUUCGAUCACAUGGCUAAAUGGCUGGAAGAGUUGAGAGGACAUGCGGACAAAAACAUAGUGAUUAUGCUAAUUGGAAACAAGUGUGAUCUCGGAAGCCUAAGAGCAGUGCCAACAGAAGACGCUCAAGAGUUUGCACAAAGAGAAAACUUGUUCUUCAUGGAAACCUCUGCACUCGAAGCUACCAAUGUUGAAACCGCGUUUUUGACUAUCUUAACAGAGAUUUAUCGAAUAAUCAGCAAGAAAUCACUAACGGCUGAUGAUGAUGACGCCGAUGGGAAUUCAAGUCUCUUAAAGGGGACUAGAAUUAUCAUCCCGAGCGAGCAGGAGAGUGGUAAAAGAGGUGGAUGUUGCGGCAAAUCGUAAUUCUACUAGCAAAAAGAAGAAAAUACUGUACUUUUUUUUUGUUGGUUCUUCUUGUUGUUUUUUGUUCCGCCUUACAAUUUAUUAUUCAUGUUAGGCCAUUUGUUCUUGAAACGAAACAAUAAGCCAAGGUUUACUUACUAGAGGACAGAGUAUGAGGAGGGUGAAACCAAGAUUACCCAUUUUUUACAUACCA